CUGGUUAUAAAAUCGCCGGCUCACAUCAGGUCUUGAUAGUAAACACAAGAACAAGAACUUUCAUUCAAAACCGACUCUGAUAUGAGACUCGGUGCUUGGAAAUGGCUGCGUUGUUUAAGCCUUCAAGGUAGAUCCACUGUCCAGUGCAUUCCAAAUACUGGAGAACAUCCAACCAUUUCAUUAAUAUGCAGCUCUGUGAGCCAUGGUGAUCCAGUGUCUAACAAUUGUCAGCACAGAGGCAAGUUUCUGCAUACUUCAGCUAUACAGGUCACAAGUAAACCAGUCCAGACCAAGAGUGAAGCUGUGGAGAGUAAGUGGCUUGGCUUACUAAUGAACAUGGGGGAUACGCCACACCCAGAAGACUCCUACAUACCAGGCGCAUCCCGCGAGAGAGUCAAAUACAUACGAGAUAUGCUCAGUAAGGCAGUGCAAGCCAAGAGGACACAGGAGGGCGGUGACCUUAUGCCAAAUGUAAUUGCUAAAGAGGUUCGACACCUUUACAACGAACUUACAGCCCAGAGCGAGAAAAUGGCGUUUUUCCUUGUUCUUGAGCACGACCUUGGAGUGGACCACAGCAACAUUCUUCAUUUGGCUGAGAACUUGGUCAACGUUAAGGACACAGGUAUCACUGCAGUCUUGCGUGCAGAGGACCGCCUUCGUCAGGUGCUUGAGCCACACUACAUCCAGCUGCUUUCCCACAUCAGCCGACUUGAGGGCGGAGUCAAGUUUAUUGUGGACAUGCGCAGUGACCUGCAGGAUGGUCUUACGAGCGAGACUCAGCUCACAGCUCGUCAGGAGCUACAGGCGCUCAGCACAUCAAUCAAGCAUCUUCUUGCACAGUGGUUCUCUGUCGGUCUGCUGGACCUUCAACGGGUCACGUGGAAUUCACCCUGCAGCGUCUCUGAAAAGGUUAUCCGUUACGAGGCUGUGCACCCUAUCCAGGGCUGGGAUGACCUCAAGCGGCGUCUGGCACCUGAUAGAAGGUGCUACAUAUUCACCCACCGCUCAAUGCCCCAGGAACCCAUAGUGGUGCUGCAUACCGCUCUCGAGUACGAGAUAUCGGAUAACAUACAGUCCAUUCUUAGUGAACCCGAAGUUGACAUCGAUGACUGUGAAUAUGAGCUCGAAAACAGAACCACAGCGAUUUUCUACUCCAUAUGUUCGACACAGAAAGGCCUGGCAGGGGUGGACUUGGGGAACUUUCUCAUCAAGCACGUGGUCCGCGAGCUUCAACACGAGUUUCCAAAUAUUACCCAGUAUGCAACGCUUUCGCCUAUCCCAGGGUUCCGUGCGUGGUUGACUUUGGAGCUAAAAGACGCUAUUGAAAACAAAGAUGAAAGGGCUCUUCGUCCGCCGCUUUUUAGAGACAAAGAAAUGAGUGGUCUACUGCGCAUGCGCUCGAAAGGUGGUACCGAAUGUGCAGCAUCAGUUUUCAAGGAGUUGAUCGAGAGAGAUAACUGGCACAAAGACCAAGAUAUCAUAGACUGUAUCAAGGCCCCUUUAAUGAGGCUGGGAACGAGAUAUUUGUAUGAAGAAAAAAGAAGAGGUUUUGCUUUUGAUCAAGUCGCGAAUUUCCACAUCCGUAACGGAGCCACCAUGUGGCGUCUGAACUGGAUGGCUGACACCAGCGCACGGGGCCUGCACAACUCUCUUGGACUAAUGGUCAACUAUAAGUACGUUCUUGAGGACGUGGAUAAUAACAAUCAGCAGUACUUACUCAACGGGACUAUAGCCGCGUCCAAACCCUUCCUUGAAAUACUGGACUCGGAGACACCUGGGAAUACAGCUCGUGUGGAAUGAGUGCUCAGCAAUUCCUGGAAUUGUGGUAGUCUGGGCGAUAAGGAAAUGUGGACGGUAUGGAAUCAUAUGGACCAUAACUGCCCUUGAACCGUCACGAAGUUCUUCCAGAAACAGGAAUUGGGUUAACUUAUUGAAUGAUACAGCUGGUACAGUGGAAAAACUGAUCAACAAUUCCUGGAAUUAUCAGAGUCAGGACUAUAUGAAAAUGUGGACGGUACGAAAGCAUUAUCUUGGAUCAUGACGGCUUACACUUUCUGGUAUGUCUGGAAUCGGGGUCACCUAGACAUGACGGAAAAACAUUACUUAACGCUUCAAAUAAGCUUAUUUCAGAUCUAAUAAGGCGGAAAAUUUCUCUAAGUACUUUCUGAGUAAUAGCAAACAAAAUAUCAAAUGCGACUUUUUUUAAAUUGAUACGACUUUUUGUAAAGUGUCAUUAAAAUUUGAGCUAUUCGUCCCUGAGCCCUUACACAGCGCAAAAAUGAUCAAGGAAAAAAAUUCUUAAAAAAACACAAACCUGGGUAUGUGCAUUUCGGCCUCACGUUAUUUGUGUUUCAAAAAUCAUUCCGGAAUACAAAAAACCGAUGGCCAUUGUAAGAAAUUGUGUCUUCUUUCUCUAUCUCGAAUUGCGAUUUGUCCAGGUUUUUCCGUCAUGUCGGUCACCUAGCAAUGCUGAGUCAGAGUCUGGACUUUUAGGAAAGGCGUCUGGUGACAUUGGCCUUUAAACACUCCCUGGAAAUAAGAACAAUCCUAGAAUUGUCGGAAUGAGGAUCAUAGUGAGGUGUAGACAUCAGUGGAUCACUGAUGAACAUGUAUUAGGAAUCGGGACUGUGAAAAUAAGGAAGGGUUCGAAGGAUAAAGCACCUUUUCCUUGGAGACUGGAAUCUGAUCGUGAGAUAAUGUUAACAAUAUUAUAUUGACGGAGUGAGAGAAAUUAUCAUUUCCUGGAAUCAGGAUCCUUCGUCGGGAUUGAAGAUAAAGACGUUAAAAUGACCGUGAACCUUUUUAACCGGGUCUUGGGUUGAUUUAUAAACUCGAUUUCACUGGUCCAUGAGUUGAAAAAAAUAUUAAUUAUUUGAAUUUUAUUCUGUACUGUGUUCGUGGAUAUUAAAAGUAUCAUGUCGCCCUC